UUUUUACAGUAAUAUUUUAUUAUUUUUUUUCUUUCAGAUUUCCUCCCAGGCAUAGACCCCUAUGCUUCCAGGGCAAACUCCAGCAUGGGGUGAGGUGCAGAAGAGAGACUUGAGGGGUGUACUCUGGCACUCAGUUACCAAACCUGCCCCCUAGAUCAGGGGUACAGAACAUUCUGCUCCAAAGGCAUGAGAAGAGAACAUCCUGUAUUGGCCACUCCUGCCCAGUGUGGAAAGGAGCAAAACUCCAGAGCCCACCCCUGAAGGCCUUCGGAAAACUGAGAGCGACGCGCAGCUUGAGGCGGCAGACCCCGGCGCGGGAGCGGCACACCCCAGCCUGGACCCCGAGCGCCCGCCGGCCUAGCCCUCACCAUGCUCGCCGCGUCAGAGGCGGCGGCGGCGGCGGCGGCGGGAAGGCCUUACGUGUGCAGUGAGUGUGGCAAGAGCUUCCGCUACAGUUCGGUGCUGCUGCGGCACGAGCGCGCCCACGGCGGCGACAGCCGCUACCGCUGCCUCGACUGCGGCGAGCGCUACGCCCUGGCCGCCGACCUCCGCGCACACCGACGCGCCCACGCUGGCCAGACGCUCUACAUCUGCAGCGAGUGCGGCCAGAGCUUCCGCCACAGUGGCCGCCUUGACCUGCACCAGAGCGCGCACAGGCCGCGCAGCCGCUCCUGCCCCUGCCGCGCCUGCGGCCGCAGCUUCCCGCACCUGUCGGCUCUGCUGCUUCACCGCCGCCGCCGGCACCCGCCCGGGCGGCCCCGCCGCUGCCCGCUGUGCGCCCGCGCCUUCCGUCAGAGCGCGCUGCGCUUCCACCAGGCGCGGGCGCACCGGUGGGGGACCGCCCUCCCGCCCCUUGAGCCGCUGCGCCGCUGCGCACAGUGCCCGCGGGCCUUCCGCAGCCACGCAGGCCUGCGGAGCCACGCACGCGUCCACGCGGCCCGGAGCCCUGGUGGCGCCACGGCUGCUCAGCCCCGCGCUCCGGGUACGCACCGGUGCGGCGUGUGCGGGAAGAGCUUUGGCAAGAGCUCCACGCUGACACGACACCUGCAGACGCACUUGGGCGAGAAGCCUUUCAAGUGCCCGCAGUGCGGAAAGGGCUUCCUGGAGAGCGCCACGCUGGUGCGCCAUCAGCGAACGCACACGGGUGAGAAGCCCUAUGCGUGCGGGGACUGUGGGCGCCGCUUCAGCGAAAGUUCCACCCUGCUGCGCCACAGGCGCAGCCACCAGGGAGAGCGGCCGCACGCGUGCGCCACGUGCGGCAAGGCCUUCGGGCAGCGCUCCGACCUCGUGGUGCACCAGCGCAUUCACACGGGCGAGAGGCCCUUCCCGUGCGCCGAGUGCGGCCGCCGCUUCAGCGACCGCUCCGACCUCACCAAGCACCUGCGCACGCACACGGGCGAGAAGCCCUACGGCUGUGAGCUGUGCGGCCGACGCUUCACGUGCGUGUCCAACCUCAACGUGCACCGGCGCAACCACGCGGGGCUCAAGCCGCACAAGUGCCCCGAGUGCGGCAAGGCCUUCGGCGUGGGCUCCAAGCUGGCGCUGCACCGCAAGACCCACCUGGGCGAGCGGCCGGCGCAGUGCGCCGAGUGCGGCAAGUGCUUCAGCCACAGCCGCUCGCUCUCGCAGCACCAGCGGGCCCACGCGCGCGCUCGGGCCGCCGCCCAGGCCGCCCAGGCCACGGCGGGGGCUGCGCUCAUCUUUGCCGGGCAGGCAGGACGGGAGAAGCCGGACUCUUUGUGUCCUAGUUGAGGGACACUUGCCGAGCAGCUUGUCUGUAGUGGGCUAGGCAAGUGCGGACACGCUGCCACGGGGACGGUGCGCACCUCGCGGACGGAGGGCUGUGUAGACAGCGUGGCUGUCGGUCGCCUUUCCACAUCUCCGACGGUAGCCCGUCACCUGGACUGCUGCCGCGCCCCUGCAUCUACUUCCCUGGUCAGCUCUUCCCGUCCGCCGUCCUCCCUGCCCUCCCCCUGGGGUGUAGGUGCAGGGAGUCAGGGAGACCUCCUAGACAGGGAAGAGAGCCCAGGUGUUGGUGUGUUCCCGUUGCUGCUGCUGUGCCCUCAGAGGUUUUCCUGUCUUCCGACCUGUGUUCUAUCUGCUCUCGUCCCAUCCCCCUUUCCAGCCUGAGUCUCCUCUAGCUCUCCUUCCCGCCUACUUUUGUUGUCCUGCAUCUUCAGGUAAUGAUCACAGAUGUGGCCACAGGGACAACCAGCCGCCUGUGGGCUUCUUGCCCCUUGGUUCUACUUGAGUCUCUGCUGCUUUCUCCCUGGGCUCAGGGAUAUUGGGAAAUUUGUAGGCAGAGAGAUCAUGGGACAGCUCAUUUCAGUGAAAGACAUCAUGCCAGAAGCAACCGGCCUGCUCCCUGGCAGGGAAGGCCCACCCAGAGUGAAGCUGGGCAGGAGCCCUCAGCAAAGCACCCACCUGUCCCAUGGACAGACCUGAUGGUGUCCAGAUCAAAGUGCCUCUCAGGGCAAUAUUCUCCAGUUGGGGCGGGGGGGGGGGAGGGGCAUUAACUUCGGGACCUAGACUGAGACCACAUGGGGUCUAUAAAGCAGAGUAUUGCCAAGUGGAGCAUCAGAAUGUUAUUUCCAAAUCAAGCUUGGAGCCAUGCGGAAAUUGAGCUCCACAGAGUCAAUAGUGCAGGGCAGAAAAUCUGAAAUUGGCCAGCGAUUUUUUUGCUUAUGACUGGUGAAAUAAAGCUUGUUUGUUUGGG